GCGGGGCGGUGGAGUUUGGGGAGUUUCUGUUGGUUUCGGGAGUUUCUGAAGUUCUAAUCCGAGCUCGGGAUUGGUCGGAUCAGAUAAACGACGGAACAGCGUUCCUGCUGCUGCGAAAGGCUACUGUCGCACAAUUAUCUGCUGCUAGUUUUCAGUGUCAUUUAGCGUCAUAGCGUGGCAAAUUCUCGUGUAUGUUUGAGAAAUGUGCCGUGUUAUCACAGUUCCUCACUGCUGUGCGGCGUAGAAUGAGAAAAGCGAGCCGGAGUCGUGGUGGGGAGAGCAGCGUAGUUGCAGAAAGACUGGCAGACUACAAGGGCUCGACGGGUGGCCUGAACAACCAUCAGGGGUUUGAGUGCGACGGCGACGGCGAGAUCGAAAUCGCUUCAAUCGUGAACGGGACGACCACGAUGGCGACCGGCUCUACUGCUACCGCCCCCAGCGUCACCACGCAGCUUCCUUUGGACCUGCAGCCAACGGAGAAGAAACUUUCAACAGCUGGCCUAGACGGCACCAAACCUAAGGUGGUGACUGUCAAACACCCCGAGUCAAAACAUCCCAAGCCGACGGUGAAAAAAUGCAGGCCUUUGCAAGCGGAUCUCGACUGUUGCAAAGAGUUCCUCAAAAACAAAGAGGAGGGAGAAUUGCGACUUGAUCUCAGUAAGUCUAACAUAACUAUGUUACCACCUACUGUGAGGGAGUUGACUCAUCUUGCCGAGUUGUAUUUAUAUGGUAACAAGCUGUCAACACUACCAUCGGAAAUUGGCAGCCUGUCUAAUCUUCGCACUCUAGCUCUUAGUGAAAACUCCUUGACUAGUUUACCUGAAUCUCUAUCAAAUCUGAAAAGUUUAAGGGUUUUGGACCUUCGUCACAACAAGCUGAAUGAGAUCCCCGAUGUUGUGUAUCAGUUACACUCCUUAACAACUCUAUUUCUUCGGUUCAAUCGCAUCAAAGUUGUUGGUGAUGACAUUUGUCAUUUAACAAACCUCACCAUGCUCUCAUUACGAGAAAACAAAAUCAAAGAGCUACCUGCUGGGAUUGGUACUCUAGUCAAUCUUGUAACAUUUGAUGUAUCGCAUAACCACCUUGAACACUUGCCUGAAGAGAUUGGCAAAUGUAUGAUGUUACUCACUCUUGAUUUACAACAUAAUGAACUACUGGACAUCCCAGACAGCAUUGGAGAGCUAAGCCAGCUUCAGCGACUUGGGUUGAGAUACAACCGUCUAAAUGGUGUUCCGCAGACCCUCAGCAAUUGCAAGCAUAUGGAUGAAUUCAAUGUGGAGGGAAAUGCCAUCUCAGUUCUACCGGAAGGCCUUCUUUCCAGUCUGUCUGAGUUAACAACAAUCACAUUGUCAAGAAAUAAUUUUACUGCUUACCCAUCUGGAGGACCUGCACAGUUUACUAGUGUUCAAUCAAUCAACUUGGAGCAUAAUCAAAUUGAUAAAAUUCCGUAUGGCAUUUUUUCUCGUGCAAGAAAUCUCACCAAGCUUAUCAUGAAAGAAAACCAGCUGACGGCCCUACCUUUGGACAUGGGAACAUGGUUGAAUAUGGUUGAACUAAAUCUUGGAACCAAUCAGCUAACGAAGCUACCUGAAGAUAUACAGAAUUUACAGAACUUGGAAGUUUUAAUUUUGUCAAACAAUCUCCUGCGUAGAUUACCUGCCAGCAUUGGAAGUUUGCGCAAACUCAGAGUGCUUGAUUUAGAAGAAAACAAGAUUGAAACAUUACCUAAUGAGAUUGGAUAUCUGCGUGAACUGCAGAAGUUGGUUGUACAAUCCAACCAAGUCUCAAUCCUACCCCGAGCUAUUGGCCACCUUGUCAACUUGACAUACCUAAGUGUUGGUGAGAACAAUUUAAUCCAGUUACCUGAAGAGAUAGGAAGUUUGGAGCAGUUGGAACAAUUGUACAUAAAUGACAAUGCUAAUUUGCACAAUCUUCCAUUUGAACUAGCAUUAUGUUCCAGCCUUCAGAUCAUGAGUAUUGAAAACUGUCCCCUUUCACAAAUUCCUGCCGACAUUGUCAGUAAAGGACCUUCAUUAGUGAUACAGUACCUCAAAUUGCAAGGCCCGUACCGUGCCAUGUGAGACUACUGUAUCCGUUGACAAUGUGCUCAAUGUCGUCAGCAUUUCUUUGCACUCAAUUUGGCCUGUUCCAUCCAUAGCUGCAACUUGUUUUUAAAUCCUUAAAAAAAUUCCUUUUUAAUAUUUUUAACUGAAUCAGUUAUUUCAGAAGUUUCAUCAUUCACGUGCUUGCAAAAUAUUUAUUGUUGCAUCUUGCUUGUUGUUUACUGCACUUGUAAAUUUAAAGUCAAAUCUACUCAGGUAUUCAUUUAGGCUCCUUAGUUAUUAUCAUUUCUUAUUGUGAAUUAAUUUUUCUUGCCCUCUUGUGUUUUAUGAGAUGUCACCAAGGCAAUCAAUUUUAUCUUACAGAUUUUCAAUAGAUUAUUGUGAAAUACUUUCUGUCCCCAAGUUAAUGUUCUUUAUUUAAUUUUUUUCCUUGUCAAGAAGGUUAAAUAUGACUUUUUUAAAAAAAACUAGAAGCAGUCAUCAGUUUACUUCAGGUACUGCCUGUAUUAAGCUGCUAUAGUUAUUCCUUUUAUCCCUCUGUUAAUUUUAAGCAUUGCUUUCGGAUGUUCUCAGCCUAUUACUACUAUUAAUAACUAAUGAAAAUGUAUUUUGUUGGUGCUCAAAGCAUUGAGAUUUACGGUCGGCAUGUAUAGUCCUAAUAUUACAAUUUUUUAAGUAAUCAAUCUAAUACACUCAGAGCAGUAUAUUGCCUGUUAGCAUUUAUGUUGGUAAACUAUUAUUCUACAAGUAAUAUUUCUUACCAGUUUGAAAAGAUUUGGCAUCACAUCCCAAGAAGUUUAUUGUUUUACUAGUCGACACUUUGUCCAGGAGGCACUUGUUGGGAGGGGAGAGAGGUGUGUAGGUAGCCCCUACUAGUGAGUCUUUUAUAAUUUGUAUCUGAUAGAAAAAAAAUUAAACUGAAAGGUCGUACAAAACAAUUGAAUAAAUUUAAAAUUGAAUGUUGGAAAACACAAGCGGUUCUCUGUGGGUAUUACAUUACAUAUGUUACUCAAAGUGAUGAAAAUUGUGUCUUAAUAUUCUUCUAGACUUUAAUUCAUGUUAAUCUGGUCAGUACACCUUAAAACAUAUUUAUUCUUAUUUAGUCAUAUUGUAUUAAUGGCUUUCAAUGUCAUCUUAAUGUGUGUUAGUUAUGGAAUUAGCAUCAAUGCUGUAGCCAAAGUGUGAGGCCUACUGAUUUGAAAUGCCAAAAAUUAUUUAAAAAACUCUCUUAAAUCAUGAAAUUGUUUUAGUAUAUAUAUUUGGUGUAAUAAGGUAGCCUUGUUUGACUUUUUAGUUGGAAAGUGCCAAAUCUGUGUAUAUUUGGAACUAUUGUUACGGCCUGAAUAACCCCGAGGUAGAGUGUCAGUAAGACACAUUGAAAUUAUUACUCUAGCACAUGUACCAAUAUUAAUUAUGAUAUGAUGCUUUGUUUCAGUUCAUGGAUAAUUAAAUGACCUGGAAACUUAAUCUUUUAGCAUUUUUGGUAGAUGUCACCAAAACUAAUUUUAUUUUUUAUGGAAUAGUUGGCAUUAGACUCUUGGGCCCCAGACUUUGCAUUCAGAUAGCCAGGUUGACAUUCAAUGAGCACUUUCAGCCAUACACUAUUGCCAUGUUGAACUGGAACCUAUAGUAGCCUUGCUGAAUGUAGUAUACGAUCUACCCUGUUUAUUUAUAUCUUACCUUUAAUUCUUCACACAGUUAACUUGGCCAUACUUUUUGCAGAAAGUCAUUAAAGUUGGAUAAGCAGUCUACCCUGUUACUAGGUGACAUUUUUCGAAGAAAUUUUUAUUUUGAAGUUAUUUGAUCAAUGUAUUGUGAAUGUAUUAAUGUAUGUGUGUGCUUUCAAGAAAUCAGUUCCUUUAGGCUUAAUUUUUUUUACUUGUUCGAACUCAGUUGUCUUGUGGGUUCCUAGAGAUGUGGAGCAGCUGUGCUUUUAUUUUUGUGUUGUCUUUGGAUUGGUGGGUGAAAGAACAUACUGUAACUGCCUUUCACAAGUCAAAAGUUCAUUUGACUUCCUGGUUUCUUCACGUAAGUAGGGUGUAAUAGAGUAUCAACAAAACAAGGUCUUAAUUUGGUUUUUCCAUCAGCGUGUCUGAAAAAACGUCUAAUAACAAUGUUUUGUUGCUACUCCAUUAGGCCCUUAUUACAUGGUUCCUUAAGUUCUUCCUUUAGACGAUGCAUUUAUAUUAAGUGUUGGGCCAAGGUUUUCUUGACAAGUGCUACUGCUUUGUUAAUAAAUUGCAGGAUAGUGGUGUAUCCAAUCUAGUUUAUACAGUCUUCGUGGCUGAGUGGGAAGUGAAUGAAUUUUUCCUUUUGUUUGUGCCAGCUCUAUGGCUGGCUAGCAUUUUGCCUCAGACAAGCAUCUGAAUAGCCCAUUACCAUGCUGUAUAAAUUAUGCAUUCCUGCAAACAGUAAAUGUAAGAUACUAUACGCAUGCCUCAUAGAAAAACAAAACAAGCGUCUUAAAAUUUCUAUUUUUGGUCGCUUUGUUUCAAAUUGUGUGCCUCGUGUUACUCCCAAUGUAGUGGGUGAUAUAUGUUUUGCCUAAAGUAGCUUUACUUUAGAUAUAUUUCCACAUUUUAAUACUUGAACUGAUGCACAAGUGUGAUUUAUGUUUGAAUGAAUGAAUUUUGAAGACUGUAUGUGUACUCUUUGCCAUUGUAUUUUUGAGGAUUUGUUGGUUCAUCACAGGUAAUGCUGAUAGGAAAAUUUAAACUGCCUUGUCAGCUUACAGUUCUGAAGCUUGUGCUUUUUAAUACUGCCAUAAUUUUGGAGAAAGUGCAGAAAUUAUGUGGUGCAAAAUCUAAUGUAGUUAUACAACUACUAAGUCACAACGUUGAAGCUAAAAUCCAACAAUGAAGGCAGCAUUUGCAAGUUCCUGUUGUGCCAUGUAUGCUUGUUGGUGUUUUUCAUGCAUAGUUUGUCAGAAGAAAAAUGAGGGUGGUAGGGAUCUUAUGUUGUAAGUUCUAGGAAAGUAUUAUAGACUGAAAGACAAAUUGUAAUUUCAUUGCUUUCUUGUACCGUAAUUGUAUUUUUCUUAGAAAGUGAAAUAUGUUUAAAAUUUGUCAGGUUGCUUGAGACUAGAUCUUUCCACUAAAUGAUACCUGUCAUUCGGAAGGUAUGUUCCCACUAUUUCCCUCUGGGAAAGAGAACAUACACUAAGAAUUGAACAACAUUAAGCAACACUUUGUGUUUCUUUUUCUCUGUGUAGUCUUGUUAUUGGACAUGGUUGGUGUGUGUGAGAUCUGUAUUACAUACGUUACUGUUUAUGUCUUUUGAAACCCAUUGUGAUGUGAUGAUAAAAUUGGUCAUGCCAUUUAAUUGUGGAAUAGAUUGUAAUCAAAUGCUAACAAAAUUUAGUGACAGAGUUUUGUAGAUAAAAUUGAUUUAGUCAGACAUGUGUCUCUUCAACGUGAUCUCUCUGUGUGUGUGUUUGUGUUUCCUUUAUGGGAUCUGCCUUGUCCCCUAGCAUAGUAUUGUAUGGUUGUCCAUUUUCAUGUCUUAUCAGUAUACAUUGCCCCUUCUGUGCAACAUGAUCAAAGGAAAUUAUUGGACAUCAAUUCAUCGCUCUGGACUAUACUUAAAUGCUCAUAUGAAGGCCUAUUUUAUUUUCUGCAAAUGGUUAAGAGCACGCUGGAUGUGCUUGAAUUGUUAAAUGGCUUCAAAAUCAGCCUUGUGACUUGAUAGAUUAAGAGAAAUAUUUUUAAAGCUUUAAAUGGUGAUAUUUUGUGAAUUUUUUCUGUUAAAAGACAUUUGUGAGGAAAUUGUAUCCCUCAAUCCGUGGAUUUAUGAAUUUUAAUCCAGUACAUUUGUUUACAUCCUUUUGUUACAAAAAAUGAUUAUAUCUUUUUAUCCACGUUUACUGAAGGUACCCAAUUCAUUGCAUAUAGUAUUAUGUAUGUUUAUAGCUAUAUCAAUGGUUAAAUUGAUUUGAUUGUUGGUGCAAAUGUUGUUAUAUAUCCGUGUUUCAUUUUAAGUAUGUUGCAAAAAGUAGCUUUUAUUCAGUGAUAAAUGUUAACAAGCAUCUUCUUUCCUCCAGUACAUUUUCAGUGUAAACAAUUGUGAAUAAUUCCAUCUUUAAGUCUUUCAAAUAAUUAAAAAUUUGUGGCGUUAAAGAUUCAACCAAAAAAAAGAAGAAUUCUUUUUAUAAAAACAUUGCUUUGUUUGUACCUGAUGAGUACUUGUACUUGAAGAAGAAUGGCCCUAGCUUACUGGAUUCUCCUUUUAUUUAUUUAAUUUUUCAAAUAUUGCUUAACAGAAAUAGUGUUGAUAAUUGUUUCUAAAUUAUUAACAUUCUAGCUUUGGUAUUGAGACUCGGUGUACAGAGCCGCUUCCUUCUGUCAGUUGAAACUCCACACUAUCCACCUCUGGAAUAGCAGAUAAGGAACCAUAUUUCUCUGAAACUCAAUUAAAAUUGUGCUGAUGUACAAUAUGACAAUAAAAACUGUGAUGGGAAAGAAGAGUCAAGAAAGUAGUGUGACUGUGUAAGUUAUUUACUGCUGGAGACUUUUUUUCUUUUCUUCCUUCUUACAGCUUCAUGUUACUUUCAUGCCAACUUGAUUUAACUCUGGUAAUUAUGUCUCAAAAUUUUAAACUCAGUGUCUUUAUCCUAUGCUUCUAUUUAUGUGUUUUAUUAAUUGUAGUAUUGACACUUAAUUUUGAUUGAAGUAUAUGUGUUCAGAGAAAGAAAAGCAAAACAAACAAAUUUGUGUGUUCUGUAUAUUUCGUCUCAGUGUUGGACACCUUUGUAGUGGUGUUAAUUGAGGCAUAUCAUUCUGAAGGCUGGUGUAGAAGUUCAAAAUACAUGAAUUAUUGUGAACAACUUGAUGCGCACUAAACACUAUGUCUUUCUGGUCAGAUCUUGCAUUUACCUACAUGCAGAAUGUACAUAAAUGUACACUGUGAUGUAAAAACCAUUAUUGCUGUGUGCGCCCAGAUGAGAUUGCAGCAUUAAAUUCAAUUUAGGAAAGGGCAUCAGAUUAGAUCCUUAAGUGAGAUUGAGAAUAGUAAAUGCCCUUCAUGUUGUGUUAGCCCCACCAUUCUUCUUAUGUCUCAGGGCUGAUGCUUAAGGCCUAUUGUGUACUAUUUCAUUUCCAUCAAUCGGCACUAAUUGAAUGCGACACGUAUCAAUUUCUCCUGUAACCAGGAAAAAUAAAAGUGUGACAUCCUAAA